AUGAGUGAUACACAAAAAUCUUCAAAAAAGACUGACACAAAUAAAAAGUCAAGUAGUAGCAGCAACACAAAAACCACUAGUAGUGGAGCUGGUGGAAGUAUGAUACCAGGCUCACAACAAUUCCAUAUAACAGAUAAAAGGUAUGAAGUAAUUAAACAAAUACUUUACGAAACCGAGAAACCAGACUUGUCAUCAUUAACACAAGAAGAUUUGGAAAGACAUGAAACGAUAGAACGAGCAUGGAAAUUAUUUUGUAGACAUCAAAAAGAACAAAAAGAGCUUGAAUUAGCAAGAAAAUAUAGAAUGUUAAAUGAGGCGAAUAUUGAAUUAGAAAAGGAAAAUACACUCCCUAGUAGUACCAUUUCUGUAUGUUAG